GAGACAGUUAAGUGUUAGUUAUAGUUACCUGUGAAAAUACGUCGAUGUUAAUCCUCAUAUCUCUACGUGUGAGUCAGGAAACCAAGCAUUAAGAAAUUGCAAAGAAGCCUUAAGUUUAUCUAUCUGGCAGAAGUAUCCCUUCGACCACUGUUUAGUGCAGAUUUUCAGUAACGCCACAGCCACGUGCAACACCACGACAGCCCACCACAUUUCACCAAUUGUACAAAUCGACGAGAAUACAAUACUCAUCAACGACAACAAUGCAAGGAUCAUCGAGAACGGUAGCGAGAUGACUACUAACGGAACUUUCCUCCUUAUUCACUCGAAUGACGUACACAUAAAUGUCACGCUAUAUCCAGUGACAUCCAGGAAGCCGACAAUGGAACCACAGACACCGAGCGUUUUCAACCUAAAGAAUUUACAAAAGAUCGAUCAAAUGACAGACCAGUUUGAAGCAAACAACAAAAAACAAAAAAAAAAAACAAGUAACUGGCUUGCAGCUGCUAUUUUCGGAUUCACAAUGUUGACAAUGACGGGAUCAGUGUGCUACUGCAGGUACAAGCGCCGCGAGAAUCAUGAGGUCAUCAUACCCCCAGUCCAAUUCAACAACGACGAGAGAAUGCAGCUCAUCCUGAAAACCAUCAAUACCAACUUGCAACAGAUUCGGGAUGAAUCUGCUUAAGAGGGGGAGUAGUCAUAGUCGACGAAGCAGAUGCCAACCAUCUGCAAUUCAAUAGAUAACAAUGUCUGUAGUCCUUCCUGGAAUAAUAUCCCAUUAGGUAAAUAAAUCUCCGACCUUCCUGGAAUAGUAUCCCAUUAGAUAAAUAAAUCCCCGACCUUCUAGGAACAUUAUCACCAUGGGUAAUAAAAGUCUGAACCCAUAUAGUAAUUAAGAUCACAGGUCAUAGGGAAACAUGUUUUGUAUAGUUUCCCUGUG